CAAGAACACACCUGAAAGAAAAGCCAUUUGAUUGUAGUCAGUGUGGAAAUGCCUUCCGGACCCUCUCAGCACUGAAGAUACACAUGCGAGUUCAUACUGGUGAGAGACCUUACAAAUGUGAUGAGUGUGGCAAAGCUUAUGGUCGGAGCUGCCACCUCAUUGCCCACAAGCGGACACACACUGGAGAAAGGCCCUAUGAAUGUCAGGAUUGUGGGAAAGCCUUCCAGCACCCCUCCCACCUGAAGGAACAUGUCAGGAACCACACUGGGGAGAAACCCUAUGAGUGUAUACAGUGUGGCAAAGCCUUCCGCUGGAAGUCUAACUUUAAUCUACACAAGAAAAACCACAUGAUAGAGAAAACCUAUGAAUGUAAAGAGUGUGGGAAAUCCUUUGGUGACCUCCUGUCACGGCGAAAGCACAUGAGGAUCCAUAUUGUGAAGAAACCAGUUGAGUGUCGCCAGUGUGGGAAAACGUUCCGGAAUCAGUCCAUCCUGAAGACACACAUGAAUUCUCACACUGGAGAGAAGCCUUAUGGAUGUGAUCUCUGUGGGAAAGCCUUCAGUGCAAGUUCCAACCUCACUGCACACAGGAAGAUACACACU